AUGUCCCACCCCGGCCUCUUAGGGACAGAAUGCUACGAGCUUCCACCUCACUCUUCCCAUUCAGACAAGCCCAUCCUCGACACAGAAAAGUCCAACAAGCAAAUCCAACUAUCAUUCCGUGACCGACUCCGCCAUUUCACAUGGGCCUGGUACACAUUAACCAUGAGCACCGGCGGCCUAGCCCUCCUAAUAGCAAGCCAACCAAACCGCUUCAAAGGGCUCGACGAAAUCGGCCUAGCAAUCUACAUCAUAAACCUCCUCACGUUCGCCUCCCUCACAACCCUAAUGGCAACCCGCUUCAUCCUCCACCGCAACCUCCUGCACUCCCUCACCCACGACAGAGAAGGCCUCUUCUUCCCCACAUUCUGGCUCUCCAUCGCAACGCUCAUCACAGGACUAGAGCGCUACUUCGGCGAAAACCCCUCGCCCGCCUUCUCCACAACCCUCGAAGUCCUCUUCUGGUCCUACUGCAUCUGCACCUUCUCCGUCGCCACAUUCCAAUACUCCCACCUCUUCGCCUCGCACUCCUACCGCCUACAAACAAUGAUGCCCAGCUGGAUCCUGCCCGCCUUCCCCAUCAUGCUCAGCGGCACCAUCGCCUCCGUCAUCGCAGAGCGCCAGCCCGACCGCUCCGCCAUCCCCGUCGUAACAGCCGGCAUGACCUUCCAGGGCCUGGGCUUCUGCCUCAGCUUCAUGAUGUACUCGCACUACAUCGGGCGCCUGAUGGAGUCCGGCCUCCCAAACCGCGAGCACAGGCCCGGCAUGUUCAUUUGUGUGGGCCCGCCGGCGUUCACGGCGCUGGCGCUCAUAGGCAUGGCGCGCGGGUUGCCCGAGACGUUUAGCGUGAUGGGGAGCGUGGAUACGGUGUCUGAUGCGCGGAUGAUUGAGAUUUUGGCGCUGGCUGCCGGUGCGUUUUUGUGGGCGCUUAGCUUGUGGUUUCUUUGUGUGGCGUUGAUUGCUGUGCUUAGGGCUCCGCCGAAGGCUUUCCAUCUUAGUUGGUGGGCUAUGGUGUUUCCGAAUACGGGGUUCACGAUUGCGACUAUUACGCUGGGUAGCUCGUUUGAGAGUGCGGCUAUUAAGGGUGUGGGGUCGGCGUUGUCGGUUUUUGUUGUUGCUAUGUGGUUGUUUGUUCUUGUUAAUCAUAUACUGGCUGUUAUUCGGCAGGAUAUCAUGUAUCCUGGGAAAGAUGAGGAUGUCUCGGAGUAG